GUUAGAUCUGGAUCCAGCCACACCCUCUGGAUCUUGUGUUCUGCAAUGAGGACCAUCUCAAAAGAGCUGCAAAAUAAGCUGCAUAAAGAGGAAAAGAGAAAAGUUUACUGGUCGCACUAUUUACUACUUCUGACCGAGCCAAAUCAGCCACUGAGUGAUGAGGGUCUCUAAAAGAGAGUCGGCCACUGAUAAAGUGUCAGAUGAAGGAACAGAAAAGACAGUGAAAGACGAUGCAGUUCAUCUCAGGAGGAAUAUAGGGCUGCUGCCGUCUAUUUCCUUCAUCAUUGGCACUGUGGUGGGCAGCGGCAUCUUCAUCGCCCCCAAAGGCGUGUUGAUGAAUUCAGGCAGUGUGGGAUUGUCCCUGCUGGUCUGGGCUCUGUGUGGUGUCCUCUCCACUUUUGGUGCUUUAUGCUAUGCUGAGCUGGGCACGAGCUUUAGAAAAUCAGGCUCUGAUUACACUUACCUGUUGGAGACCCUGGGGCCCCUGACUGCCUUCCUGCGACUGUGGAGUGAGUUAAUAUUCAUCAGACCUGCAGUGGCCACAUACGUGUCUCUGGCUUUUGGUCAGUAUGUGGUGGAGCCGUUAUUCAUGCCGUGUGCCGCUCCAACAGCUCUGGUCAAACUUGUCAGCAUGCUGGGAGUCAUGUUUGUGGUGGCAAUGAACUGCUGGAGUGUGUCAAUGGCUGCACGUUUACAGGUCUUGCUGACCUUCAUCAAGAUGUUUGCUCUGAUUCUGAUCAUCAUCCCAGGCAUCAUGGCUCUGGUCAAUGGGAAAACUGAAAAUUUCCGGAAUAUCUUUGACACAGAUUCUUUAUCUCUGACGAAACUGCCUCUGGCCUUUUAUUCAGGUCUUUAUGCGUAUGGUGGAUGGUCUUAUUUAAAUUUCGUAACUGAAGAAGUAAUUAAUCCAAACAGAACCAUCCCAUUGGCCAUCAUUUUCUCUAUGGUGGUUGUUACCGUGUUUUACGUGCUGGUCAAUGUGGCUUACUACACCAUGAUGACUGCAAAUGAGUUACUGAUGUCCGAUGCCGUGGCAGUGACAUUUGCAGGUCGGGCUCUGCAGGUUGUAGCUCCGGGAAUACCAGUAUUAGUCGCUCUUUCCUGCCUCGGAGCACUUAAUGGAGGAUUUUUUGGUGUACCCAGGAUGUUGCUUGUGGGAGCCAGAGAGGGUCAAUUACCGGCUAUCUUAUCCAUGAUCCAUAUCCACAGACAAACACCACUGCCAGCUGUGCUAUGUUUGUAUCCUCUGGUGAUCAUCGUAAUGGUGAGAGGAGAGAUCUUUCAACUGAUCAACUUUGCAUCCUUCUCCCGUUGGCUCUUCAUUGCCUUGGCCACCUUAGGAAUGAUCAUCCACCGCUACAGAUUUCCAGAUCAUCCCAGACCAUUCAAGGUCCCUCUAGCAGUUGCGGUGAUCUUUACCAUAGUGUGUUUCUUCAUCGUGGGCCUGUCCUUGUAUUCGGACCCCUGGAAUACAGGGGGCAGCUUUGCCCUCACAUUAUCAGGAAUACCUGUGUAUUACCUGACAGUCAAGAAGUCAUACAUACCCAAACGCUGGGAAAAAACCUUCAAUUAUUUAAGCCUACAUCUGCAGAUAUUCCUGGAAGUGGCUCAGCAGGAAGUUCAGACGUACUGAUGGAGCUUCACCAAACUACACACCUGAGUGUUGCAAAGGGUAUCCAAGUUCAUUUUAGUGGUGUUUGCUAUUACUAUUAGCCCUAACCACCCUAGCAUCCGCAUAGCAACAUCCUUGCACCCUAUCCAUGAGUGCAAGCAUCACUUAUAUUUUUAUCUAGUUUAUAUUCAAAUCAAAGACAGGACUAUGUCCUGGGAAGUCAUGCGGUUAAAGGUAUAGUUCACUCAAAAAUGAAUAUUCUGUAAUAAUUUACUCACUUAAAAUCAUGUCAUUCCAAAUCCUUUAGACUUCAGUUAAUCUUUAAAACAUAAAUGAAGAUACUUUUUAUGAAAUCUGAGAUGUUUCUGUUCCUCCGUUGAACUUAGAAGAUCCAAAUAUGUCCUAAAAUGAAGCAGUUUGAUGCAAGUCUUAAUGUGAAGAGAUACAAUUGCUUCAUUUGGUGACCUAUCCCUUUAAGGACCAUUUUGUAUUAAUUCACAAAUAUGUUUGUAUAAAGUAUCCUUUUAUUCUCAAAAAGUACGUACAAUAGGAAGAGAAACCAAAUUGUAUGCUUUGUUGGAAAUGACAAUGGCUGUUUCUGGUUAAAGCCUGUUACAUCAGGAAAAUCCCAUGCAGAUAACUUUUAUAUUUUAAUACAGUCUUCAAAAAUAGUACAUCUUUUUAAGGUUCUUUCGAUGGAAACGGGUCUGGAUGGGACAUUUGUUUGUAUCACCAAAAUAUUUGCUUUUGAGAAACGUAAUAGUUGAUUUUUAUUACAUGACUUUGAAUUCUUACAGAAACCAAGUUUCAAGGCACUUGACAGCUUUUUAAAUGUCUGUGCAUCAAUGUACGAUUAUUAGUAAAUAGUACUUUAUUUCUAAUGCUUGUGUAACAUCUGUCGAUCAUUUAGUUUUUGUAUAUUUUUAUGACAUCUUGCUGUUUUUACAUUGGAAGAAUGCAAUACAAUGUAUCAUGAAUUAACAGCUACAUUCUGAUGGUAGUCUUCUAAGCAUUUAUAAACUCUGUGCAUGCUCACUAAUUACUCUACAUAUGCAAAUGAACAUUAAAAGCUUUGUAAUACA